CCGUUUGAGGCUGGCCAGCAUUGACCAAAGUUGGUAAACAUCUGGGGAGGGGAGAGUAGCUUGUCGUUCAUUCAACUCUAGCUUAAAAUCCUUCUGCUUAAAGUUCUUCCUGCAUCUUCUACAGAAAGAUAAUUUGAGAUGCAAAAAUGUUGAAACCGAGACUGUCCAACUUUGAGAAGAACACGAGAAGGUAGGAUUAUCUCUGGACAAGGCCAUCGUGCUGGGAAAGGCGGAAGGGAAAAGUCAGAAAAGAGGAAAGACCCCAAUAUGAGGUGGACGGACUCCCCUAAGGAAACCACAGGGUCUGGUCUGCGAAAGCUGAGCCGGGCCGUGGUGGACGGGACUUUCGGAGAGGGCUUCUUCAUAGCGUCACCACGAAUCGGAGGCAACUGGAUGACACAGAACAAGGGGGGCGUAGCUAUUGGGAACUUUUGGAGGGCUGGGUCUGUAAAGGGGAAGCGAGGCGGUCCGUUGCCUGCAGAAGCCUCCACCAGCCACCCCCUAGAUGGAGGGAAAGGAUGCUGCCUCCGGAGUAGCAGGGGGAGACCCAGGGCAGAAUUUGGGGAGCAGCCAAGCCCGUCACCCUGAACUUCUCCUCUCUUGAAGAACAAGAUCUGAGUCUCAAGGGGAGUGGGUGAAACCCCCCAGAAAUCGGGAGGUCAAAAAGGAAGAAGCAAAAUCCCCACGAAAUGAAGAGCCAUAAAAUUCUGUGGUCUUUGGCACUGGUCAUCUUUUGGCUGCACGAAGGCACAGCGUCCUCCGGAGCAGAAGAUGCCACAGAGGUGAACGGAGCGCUGGGGGAAUCGGUCACUUUCGAGCUGAAGACGUCUCCACCCUUUAAACUAAUUUCCUGGCUUAAAAGUGAGGGAAGCAAAGACCCUUCCAAUAUUGCCCUUUUAAAGCCCGGAGAGCAAUGUACACCCGACAUAUUGUUCCCUGGCUUUCAAGGGCGACUGAGUGCCCCCGAAGACUGCAGAAGUUUGCAAGUCAGAGAUCUAAGAAGAGACGACUCCGGAAGGUACUUGGCUCAGAUAAAUCGAGGUGGUGCAAGCGAACCUUUGCGGGAAGCCUUUGACCUGCGGGUGUACAAGCGUCUGUCGGAGGCCGACCUGACCGUCCGGUGUCACAAAACAGGGAAUGGAACCAGGCAGCUGAACUGCUCGGCGGGGCCCUGGGAGGAUGAUGUGGUGUUUGGCUGGGAGGAUGAGAGCAAGGCUGAGCCUUGGGGACAGUCUGCUACCAGGAUCCUCAGAGUCAAUGACGAGGAUGAUCUGAACGCCACCUGCAGAGCCAGGAACCCCAUCGGCGAGGCAUCCAGGACGGUCUCUGUGCAGGAAAUCUGUGCUGGUAAGUUUUUGCGUUGUUGUUUUUUCCAAAGAAAAUCAUACUUCGUUAUUAGUAGGAGGGAUUCCUUGCUGUUUUUUCAGGAUAAAAAUGUCACACCAAGGAAGGUUUUCCCUGCUGCAGUUUACUUAUAGGUAGCUGGAAAGCUAAUAGAAAUUAUGCAAACUUAACAGUUCAAAAGCCGGGAUCCUGUUAGUGACACCACAUCACGUUCAGCCCUGAAUUUUCCUUUAAAUCAAGAUGUUUUUGUGGGUGUUCCCUCUUGCAAAGGAACUGGGUGAAUCAGGGUGUGUGACUUGAAAUCCCUAUUCUGACUGCCUGACUUGUGGGCAUUCACUGCUGAGCGUUAAGCCACCAGCGUCAAGUUGGCGAAAUUCUGCAAUAGGAUUUGGGCUGCCAAGUGGCAUAAAUGGCGGAGAUGAAGCACGACAGCCCGUCAUGACUGAUAACAGCACAUAACGUGUCUUUG